AUGCGCUGGUUACCACACGGGUGCUACUCCCUUUGGGUGGCGUUGCUAUGCACCGGCGGUUGGACGGCUUCUCUAAUGCAAGAUGGCUGUGAUUUUGCUCGAGUCGAGGGUCCCGUGGUGGCCGAGCUGACAACCUUGGGAGAACUUCCUCCACCGUGGUUGGAGUUUGGAAUUGGUGCCUUUCGAGCUCCCUCCAAAGAGUCUUUGGAGUUGGUUGCAGCGGCAUCGGCCAAUGCAGCAAACAACAUCAAUAGCAACAGCAGUAGCAACAGUAGUAGCAGCACAGCCAGGAAUGUACAGUCGCAGUUCCAAGACUGGUAUGACCACAUAUUAGAGGGAGAAGAGGAUUGCAAACUCUUUGAAGAUGAGACAAUGGAAAAGUUCAUGGACAAUGCCUGGACGACGGCACGCACCUUUGCUUUCUUAGCGCUGGUGCUGGGAGGUGGAGGUAGCUUGUUUUUGUGGGCGUCUACGUUCUUUGUCUUUUCCCGUGGAACUUGGAGGUGGACUGGAUAUCUGAUACUCACUGGGAGUCUCUGCAAUAGCAUGACCUUUUUGUGGUACCUUACAUCCCUUUGCUCUUGGAAUACUUGUUCCAUGUUUUGGGGAUCCAAGACCAACAUUGUGGCUUCCACUCUAUGGUUCCUUGGUGGUCUGUUCAUCGUUUGCCGAUAUCCAGUACCGCACUCGCAGCGAAUGCAAAAAUUGGGUCAAGAAGAACCCGCCGCGGAUGGUCUCUUUUCACCAUCAUCAACGCCAACCUCAUUAUCAUCCGGCAUCAAGGACGACGAAUUCGUUCCAACGGUGGAUGUACUCUCUGUCGAUGGGAUUGAAGCAGAUUUCAUUGAUGCCGAAAAGGAAGAUGAUGAGAGUUUUAAUAUGAAUAUGAAUGAGACUGUCACGGCAAGAGAAUUGGUAUGA